UGCUCUUCCCCCUGCGACCUGGCCGGGAGGAGGCUCUGCGGCCGCUGGGAGAUGCUCUAAGCCCGCGAGGCCGCUGCAGGACGCCCGCCCGCCGGCUGGAGGGCGCGCAGGAACAUGGGCUCCCGGGGACUGCGACUCGGGCUGGCGUGCUGCCUGCUGCUGGCCUCCGCCUGCGGCCGGGUGCUGGGCCGAGCGCCGCGGGCCGCGCAGGAGCCGCCGGAGCAGGAGGGGACCGAGGGGCCGCCGCUCGACCACCAGGACAGGGGUGAAGAGAACCAUGAAAAAUACAGCUCCAGGCAGGGGGACGAGGUGGCCGCUUCCCGGUGCUUUCGCUGCUGUGACCCCGGCAGCCCCGUGUACCAGGCCAUCCCAGUGCCGCAGAUCAACAUCACCAUCCUGAAAGGUGAGAAAGGGGACCGAGGGGACCGAGGCUUGCAAGGCAAGUACGGCAAGACAGGCUCCGUGGGCGCCAGAGGCCACACGGGCCCCAAGGGGCAGAAAGGGUCCAUGGGGGCCCCCGGGGACCGCUGCAAGAGCCACUACGCCGCCUUCUCGGUGGGCCGCAGGAAGCCCCUCCACAGCAACGACUACUACCAGACGGUCAUCUUCGACACGGAGUUCGUGAACCUCUACGGCCACUUCAACAUGUUCACCGGCAAGUUCUACUGCUACGUGCCGGGCAUCUACUUCUUCAGCCUCAACGUGCACACCUGGAACCAGAAGGAGACGUACCUGCACAUCAUGAAGAACGGGGAGGAGGUGGUGAUCCUGUUCGCCCAGGUGAGCGACCGCAGCAUCAUGCAGAGCCAGAGCCUGAUGCUGGAGCUGCGGGACCAGGAUGAGGUGUGGGUGCGCCUCUUCAAGGGCGAGCGGGAGAACGCCAUCUUCAGUGACGAGUUCGAUACCUACAUCACCUUCAGCGGCUACCUGGUCAAGCACGCCUUGGAGCCCUAGCCCCGCCAGGCCCUGCACCCCCCACCCCCACCCCGGGGAGGGGGGAGGCAUGGGUCUCGCUGCAGCCCCAACCCCAGUCGUGGCUCCCCCCCCCCCUCACCACCCAGCUUUGGCCCCGACACGACGCCCUUUGCGGAGCAGGGAGCAGAAUGGGCUAUGCUUCCCGGCCUUGGGGGCCCUUCAGUGGGCCCAUCGGGCCGUCACCUGCGACAACGACGGACACCCCCCCCCCACCGCUCCCCUCCACGCACGUAUCCUCAGGCGACCCAGCAGGCGCGCGGCCACAGGGCAGGGUGUCCCCGAGUCAUCCUUGCCCGAGGCUGGAACUAAUUAAGGAAAUGGUAAAGUUUGUGAAAGAAGCAAAAUAAGCCGUGUGGGAAAAGGGAGGCGCUGUUAUUUUUGCCUUCCCACCAGCCGCGCCAGUUCCCCGGGGAGGUGGCUCCAGCCUGAGCUUGCGCGAGCCUCCUGCCAGAGACCUGAUGGGGGCGCUGCGGGCCCCAGGGGAAGGGGCGGAGGGCGUGGGACCCUCCUCGCCAUUGAUGAGCCUUCCUGGGCAACAGCUGGCCUGACGUCCAUGUCCUGGGGCCAUCACGGCCUUGCCCGAGGAGGCUUCAGCUGGUCUUUCUGAGCCACAACAGCGAGUGGGGGUUGGGGCCGGGCACGGGGGGUUGGGGGGUGGAGGUGGGGAGCGAAUGUCGGCUCUCAGCAGGACAGCCCAGCCCUUGGCCUUGGCCUCUGGGCUGAGACUGAACAGCUUGCUUGUUGGAACUCACAGACUCCUGACAGCAGCCGGGGACUUGGGGAGUCCCCGGGUCCACUCAGCAUCACCAAGGCAGAGCCAUCCACCCUGGUGCGGCUCUGCUCCGCCGCCCCAGACUCCCCGGAGCUCCCGGGCAGGGGCUUCACGCCUGCUACCCCGGCCCUGGCUUUCUGUUCCUCCUCUCAGACGGGUCAGCCACGGAAGACGCCGGGGCCUGAGUUUUGUACCAGCUGUCACGGUUAUAUGAUAUUUGCUACACAACCUGCCUGCACACCAUCUCGAGUCCUGUUUCCCUGAGGGCUCAGUGCUCUCUCCCCCGGCCUCCUGGACCAGCGGCCCAGGACAGCAGGGCAGGGGCUUCCUCUGGCCCCCAGAGCAGGGAAGGGCCGGAAGGGGCUAGAAGGCUCCCCCUCGGCCUGUCUCGGAGUCCCCGUGGGGCACCGUCCCCCUGACCAGGGAGAAGGCACGUCUCAAGCACUGGAGUCAGAACCCUCUCUGGGGCAUGGGGUGUAGAAACACCCGACGCGGCUACUGCCUAGAAUUGGUGCUCUGGCCCGUGGCCGACUGUGGCCCGGCAGCCCUUCCCGGCCUCUCUUUGUUAAUGCCCAGGGCCAAGGUCCCUCUCCUACCUGCCUGGGCCCCUAAGCCCCUAUGGGAACCUCCCUUCCCUGGUGACCCUUGGCCUGGACCCAUCCCUCUGUCCCCUCCCCCCACCCCCCCGGGGCCUGAUCAUCGGGUCUGGGGCCUGCACAUCCUUCCCUCUGAAGGACUUCUGCUGGUCAGACUUUGGAAACGGUGUUUCUACGGGCGUGUGGUGAGCGGAGGGUCCGCCCGCUGCUUUGUGCUGUCCCGGUGCUCUUUCAGACAUUAAACUUGGAACUAUGUGUUUGAGCAA